CCAAAAUCAGCACUUGACACAACAGUGGCUGUAAGAUCAAGAUGAUCCGUGCUUGCAUUGUUCUGGCUCUGGCCACCAGCACUUUUGCUGGUUUCGUCGGCACCACUGGCUACGGUGUCGGCCUGGCUGCUGCUCCAGCUGUGGCUACUGUUGCCCACGCUGCUCCAGUGGCCUCCUACGCCACGGUUGCCGCCCCAGUCGCCACCGCUGUUGCUGCCCCAGUCGCUUCUUAUGCUGUAGCCCACGCUACUCCCGUUGCCACCGUGGCCGCUGCCCCAGUUGCCUCUUACUCUGUUGCUCCAGCUGUGACCCGUGUCGCCACUCUUGCCCACGCCACACCAGUCGCCACUGUUGCAGCUGCUCCAGUUGCCACCGUGGCUGCUGCUCCAGUUGCCUCUUAUGCCGUUGCUCCCGCUGUGACCAGAGUUGCCACAGUCGCCCAUGCCACUCCAGUCGCCACCGUCGCUGCUGCUCCAGUUGCCACCUACGCUGCUGCCCCAGCUGUCGCCACCAUUGCCCACGCUACCCCAGCUGUCGCUGCCUAUCACGCCACUCCAGUGUAUGGCUAUGGCGUUGGCAGCCUCGGCUACGGCACUGGCCACUACGGUUUCGGCCAAGGUCUUCUCGGCUACGGCCUGAAACUACGCUUAUGGUCUCGGCACUCCUUUGCAAUAUGGUGCUCUGCUCCGCAAGAAGUAAUCUAUUUUUCUAAUUGCAAGGCAAAGAUAUACGAACAAGGAUGCAGAUAUUACUGUCAUGUUUCAUUAAUGCUCCGACGACCACCUUUGGAGAAUAUAUUUGAAAUAAACACGUAUUCUGCCAUAUUGUCGUUUUAG